AUGGAGUACUACAACAAGCUGGCUGAUGAUGGAGGAGACGACAGUGAUGGAGAUAGAUUUACUGGUUAUUGUGAUAUUUAUGAUUUUGCAAACAUCAAUGGAUAUCUCUUCAUCUUGAUCACCAUCAUCAGUGUCAUAGGAAACGCCCUCCUCAUAUUUCUUCUCGUCACCCAAAAAGAUCUCAAUUUUAUCACUAAAACGUUCAUCCUGAACCUGGCUUGUGCUGACUUGAUCUUCACUGCUUCCCUCCCGUUCUGGGCCUACUACCACCUCCACCAUUGGGUGUUCGGGGACUUUUUAUGCAAGUUCAUGACCGGGGUGUACUUUGUUGGUUUGUACAGCAGCAUCUUCAUACUCACUGCCAUGACUGUGGAUCGUUUUGUUACUGUGGUGCGGAACAGGUGGCCGAACAAAAGUGUAAGGAGAAAGUGUGCAGUCGGUGCCUGUGUGGCUGCCUGGCUCAUCAGCCUCAUGACAUCCGGUUACGAUACCAGCAAAAUAGAGGUGGAGAAUGAUUACUACUAUACAAUGGAGUACAGCAACAAAUCGACUGAUGCUGGAGGAGACGACACUGACGAAGCUAUAUUUAUUUGUCAUUUUGUUGAUUUUACAACCAUCUCUGGAUAUAGCUUCAUCUUGUUCACCAUCAUCGGUGUCAUAGGAAACGCCCUCCUCAUUUUUCUUCUCGUCACCCAAAAAGACCAAACCUUUGUCCCUAAGUUUCUCAUCCUGAACCUGGCUUGUGCUGACUUGAUCUUCACUGCUUCCCUCCCGUUCUGGGCCUACUACCACCUCCACCACUGGGUGUUCGGGGACUUUUUAUGCAAGUUCAUGACCGCGGUGUACUUCGUUGGCAUGUACAGCAGCAUCUUCAUACUCACUGCCUUGACUGCGGAUCGUUUCGUUACUGUGGUGCUGAACAGGUGGCCGAACAAAAGUGUAAGGAGAAAGUGUGGCGUUGGUGCCUGUGUGGCUGCCUGGCUCAUCAGUGUAGUCGUGUCCGUGUACGACGCCAGCAAAAUGGAGCUGGAAGAAGAUUCCUGUGAGGAUUUCUCUGAAGUUGAGCUGGGAUAUUAUUUCCAAGUUUCAUUCAUCUUUUUACUUCCUUUCCUCAUCAUUGUUUUCUGCCAUUGUUCUAUCAUGACAAAAGUUUUCCAGGCUACAAACAGACAAAGGCACAAAGCUACAAGUAUAGUUUUCUGUGUCCUAGCAGCCUACGUCGUCUGCUGGGGACCCUAUAAUUUUUUACUUUUUAUCAAAUCCUUAACCAACCAACCCGAUAAAUGUAAAGCAGCCGUACGGUUGGACGUCGCCUACAACGUUUGUCGAAUCCUCGCCUUCUCUCACUGCUGCGUGAACCCUUUGCUCUGUCUGCUGUCACAGAAACUGAGGAGUCGUUUGCUGAGUCUUCUGACAGAUGAAACUCUUUGUCUGAAAAACAGGAGUAGACUCACGGAACAGAACGUGUCUGGUGUUCAAACUAUACGUCUGAGCGUGGCACAAACGUCUGCUGACAUUCUGGAACUGCAGCCCCAAUAA